GAAGGGCAUUUGGCAGAGUUAGUCAUAAGGAAGUCUGCAUGGUAUACUUUACCAAAAGCAGCUCACAUUUCAUUAAGCCCUGAUGUUUUAGUUACUUUAAAGAAUGAAUAAACAAUAGUCCAAUCCAAAAGAACUAGAAAGGCAUCAGACACAUUGAAAGCACAGGUAUUACCAACAUUAACCUAUUAAUUUCAAAUCACUUUUUUUAUUUUAAAGUGGUCUGUUUUUAUGUUUACAGUUGUUUUCUUAUAGAAUCACUUUCUCUGUGUACAGUAAGUAGCUAAAUGUGUCAGUUUACUAGUUCUAUUUCAUAGGAUCAGAGACUUUUAAAGCUGGAAGCAUCUGUAGAACUUAGCUCGUUCAGCCCUUUCCAUUUAUAAAUGAGGGGACUGAGGCCCAAGCCAUUCAGUGAGUUAGAGAGAGAGCCAGCCCUCAAAUGUUUAGAUUCUUCACCUGUGAGCCGGCAUUUUUCUUUCUUUCUACUAUACUAGUUACUAGUGUAAAUAAUGUGCCUGCCUUGGUUUUAAAUUUUGUUUUUCAGAUAUUGGAAGAGGUGCCUGGAGAAAUGGAUGCUAGAAGAAAACACUGGAAGGAGAAUAUGUUUACUCCUUUUUUUAGUGCACAAGAUGUUCUAGAAGAGACUUCUCAGCCUGAAUCUUCUUCUGAACAAACGACUGCAGAUAGCAGCAAGGGAAUGGAAGAAAUUUAUAAUUUGUCCAGUAGAAAGUUUCAAGAAGAAAGUAAAUUUAAGAGGAAAAAAUAUAUUUUCCAACUAAAUGAAAUAGAACAAGAAUCAAAUUUAAGAGAGAACAAGAUAAACAUUUCAAAGAAUGAAACAGACACAAAUUCUGCAUCCUAUGAAUCAUCAAAUGUGGAUGUUACAACAGAAGAAAGCUUUAACAGCACAGAAGAUAACUCUACCUGCAGUACAGAUAACUUACCAGCUCUACUAAGACAAGACAUCAGAAAGAAAUUUAUGGAAAGAAUGUCUCCAAAACUUUGCCUGAAUCUUUUGAAUGAAGAACUGGAAGAACUUAAUAUGAAAUGCAGAAAAAUAGAAGAGGAAUUUGAAAAUGCCGAAAAAGAAUUUUUGCACUACAAAAAAGAAAUAUUCACCAAACCCCUAAAUUUUCAAGAAACAGAGAUGGAUGCUUCAAAAAGUGACUAUGAACUUCAAGCUUUAAGAAAUGACCUGCCUGAAAAAGCAACAAAUGUAAAAAACUUAAGUGAACAGCUCCAGCAAGCCAAAGAAGUCAUCCACAAAUUGAACCUAGAGAACAGAGAUUUAAAAGAAGCUGUUAGAAAGUUAAAGCAUCAAACCGAGGUUGGAAAUGUGCUCCUAAAAGAAGAAAUGAAAUCGUAUUAUGAAUUAGGAAUGGCAAAGAUCCGCGGAGAGCUCAGUGCCAUCAAGAAUGAACUGAGAACUGAGAAGACCCUACAAGCAAGAAAUAACAGAGCCUUGGAGUUGCUUAGAAAAUACUGUGCUUCUUCAGUGGUGACAUCAUCAAGUAUCCUUGACCACUUUACUGGGGAUUUUUUUUAA